CUUGCAGUGUCGGGGGUUCUUGUUGGGGGAGAGUGCCAGUGAUGACUGCCCUUAGCCGGACUGAGGACGCUGUCGACCCGCCCAGAAGAAUCCUGGAAUGCCUUCAAUGAACUUCCAUUUCCAAGUUUACAGUUUGAGAAGACUAAUCCCAGGUUCUAAGUGCCUGCCAGCACCUCCCAGUGUGAAAAAGGUUCAUCAUUAGAAGUUUGGCCACCAGGUUCAGAGGCAGAACGAGAAAUAACGGCUGGGAGUCACAAAGAAGCAAAUUUAGGUUUGAUUCAAAGGAAAAUUUCCUAACUAUAGAACUACCCAGAAGUGGGAUGGACUGCCUUAGGAGCCCAUUCAAGCAAGGACUGAGUGAAUAUUUCUCAGCUCCAGACAGAUGCAUGAAAAAACAGUUCCUUUGAAGGUCCCAGUGGUUCAACUGGAGAAGUUGGAGGAAUCUCCAAAAGAAAGGAACCCCUUCCUGGAGACCCUGGAGGAGAGCGUGCAUCUGCCUGAAGGCCUAAAGGAUGAAGACAUAAAGAAAAGCAGCCUCGAAGUGACACCAAAUAAAUACAACCACCAAUAUCAUAAGCUGUUCAAGGACAUCCCCCCAGAGGAGACUGUUCUGAAAGUGUGUUCCUGUGCACUCCAAAGGGAUAUCCUCAUACAAGGUCGUCUAUACAUCUCCCCCAACUGGCUCUGCUUUCAUGCCAGUCUCUUUGGGAAAGACAUCAAGGUAGUCAUCCCUGUGCUCUCCAUCCAGAUGAUAAAAAAGCACAAGAUGGCCAGACUCUUGCCCAAUGGACUGGCUAUCACAACGAACACCAGCAGGAAGUAUAUUUUCGUGUCGCUGAUCUCAAGGGACAGCGUGUAUGAUGUAUUGAGGAGAGUCUGCACCCAUCUGCAGCCCUCCAGUAAGAAGAGUCUGUGUGUAAGAGAAUAUCCGGAUGAACCUGACUCUGAGUCUCUGGACAGCCUUGUUCCAGAAAUGAAAUGGAGAAAGAUGUCCCCAAAAUCAUUGUCUGUGUCCUUCCCUGAUAAUGUCUUCCCCUGCAUUCAUCAGGGAUCUAUGAGUGGCCUGAGCACCAAGAAGAGCUCUUUCCCCUCUGGGAAACCCUUGGCAUCUGAUAAUGCCAUCCACAGAGAGGAGGAGCUGGAGGGGGAACCAGAGAACAGCCCAGAGCUGAGGCCCUGGGAUUAUCAAGUGCUCAAGUUCUUCUUUGUAUUGAUCUGCCUCCUGAUCAUAUCAUCAUCCUACAUGGCAUUUCGAAUCUUCCAGCUGGAGCAGCAACUGUGGUCUCUGAACUGGGACUCUGUCUCCCAUAGACACAGGUGACAGCAGUGGGAGUUAUGCGUGUCCGCUUUCCAAGAAGGCAGCCCUUGGUGUUGCGAUUCCAACAUAGUUCCCCCUCAGUCUGUGUUGCUGAAAUGCCAAGAAGAGAGUCUUAAUCAAAAGAGUUCUAAUUUUCCUGCUACCUUGAAUGUCUGAUCUGAAGUACCUGCUUAUGAAGGAAUCUUCAUCUGGUCUUAUUGGAAUCAACUCAGCAGAUGGAGAAAUCAGCUGUGGGAUCCUGUGCCUCAGUUUCAGCUGACCGGAGCAAGUGGGAGAAACAGACUAAGCUGCUUCUCAGUCAUGAGUGCUUUGGGUUGGCAGAGUGUUUACUGGAAAAGCUCACUGUACUUGGGCAUCAAGAAGAGGGUCUCAUUGAGGUCACUCCCACUCUUAUGUCUCUCACUCCAGUUGUCUGUGGGAUCCAAGGACUGAUUACCAAUACCAUUCAUUCCUUUUGCUUCCCUGAGCUAGCCUUCACCUGGAGGCCUCUGCUGUGCCCAAAAGAAUUACUUCCUCUGGGUCCCCUGGAAGUCUUACCCAGACCAAAUUGAACACCGGAAGACAAAGGGCAUUUUGCUGCUGGGGUAACUAGACAUGAGCUCAGGAUAAAGCUGGCUUGAAAAAAAAGGAGGUAGACUAUGCUUCUUAAGUGGAGGGGGAGGAGAGGCAGAAACAGAACGUGGGCUGUGCUUAUACUUAUAGCCAAGUCUAGCUGUGCGUGGCAGCCUGAGGCAAAGCCGGAAGGACGACAAGGAGAUAGAGGGCAUACAGCAGCUUCUGAGGGCCACCUGGGGAGGAAAAGGAGACAUCCAUCCCAAAGGAUUUCUUUGUUGAGUCUGUGCCUAUGUUAAUACCAUUUUCUACCCUUCGCAAGGAGGCCAGGGAACAGACAGGCCAGAGGUAACUGGCAAAUCAGUCAGGGCCAGUGUUUUUGCUUGAACUAUGUGAGUCAUUGUCAGAGCUAAACUUAGGUGCAAUAAGCAAAGUGAAUAAUUGUGCCUUUAAUCUAUACCAUUCUUGAACAUACACUUUCAGUUCUCUUUCACAGAUGGUACCCUGGAUUACUGCUUCAUUUUCUGGAAACUUGAGCGGGCACUGAUUAUCGGGGCAGUGUAGACUUUACCUAAGAGUCUUCUCUGGAAAGUGAGAGGUGCCCAUUUCACUUCCCCUUCCCCCACUUCCAAACCCCAUUCAAAUAAUUAUAGCAUCAUGUCUCAGGCUCAGGUGCUUCUUGGCUUUGCACACCCGAUUUUAAAGACUAAAUAUAGCUGAUAUUUGAAUCAAAACAGCUCCCAGAUUUUUCUUCCUGGAUCUUCCAGUUUUCUCCCAAAGUCCUUCCUAUCAAGAAGAUUUUUUAAGGAAGCAACUUAAUAAUCCUGAUCUUCCCCUCUUUGGAGAAGAGAAAACAAUUUCUGACCUCUCCAUAAAAAAUAAGCCUACAACCUCUUCCUGAGUGCAGGAGAGUUGGUAGAAGCAGAAGAAAUGAAGUUGGUUGAAAAGGUGGUAACUGGUGUCAUGAACCCCAGUGCAACAGACCUGCUCUCACAAUUUCCCCUAUUUAGUACCCCACCUCAUUCCCUAGUCCUGUAGUUUCCAUUCACUCCCUUUCCUAAUCUUUGACUAGCUUAGCCCCAAGGACAGGCAGGGAACCUAGGCCUCUCCUCCUGCCAUUUAAGUUCAGGCCAAGAAGGAAAUGGAGGAGAAGGUAACAUGUCAAGUGCAUCACAGUUGACAACACAGAAGUUCUCACCCUGUAAAGGUUGCUAGCCAUCCUCCCCUUCCUCAAGAUUUCUGAUAGGCUCCUUGGCUACUUGGGAUGUUCCUUUUUGGACCCUGGGGAAAGAAAGGGAGUAUCAAGCUUGGAAGUAGGCAUAUUACUGAAAGGGAGCCCCAGCUUCCUAGGACACCCAAGAGGCAUUCCAGAAAAAAGGUAGGGAGAAGAGAUGCUUGUGAAACUUCCCUGAUUGAACUCUGUAGCCUUAAUCAACACAGCUGUAAACACUGGAACAUCUUGUCCCUUCUGAGGAGCUCCUGGAUCUGUCAUACUACCUCCAACUCUUUUCUUUUGUCCUAGUCCUUGGAGGGUCAGAUAGCAAUGGGAAGCUGAAGCCAUCUCAGUCACUGAAUCCUAGAGUGGGAAGGGACCUCAGAUGUUGCCUAGUUCAACCAGUACCUGAAACAUGAAUUCCCCACUACAAAGCCUUCAGCAAGUGACCCUCCAGACCCCUCAGGAUAAGGAACAUACAACCUUGUAAGAUAGCCCAUUUCAUUUCUGAGAAGCUCUAAGUGUUAAAAAGUUUUUUCUUAUAUUGGGCCAAAAUUUGCUUCUCUGCAAUCUCCACAUCUUACCUCUACCUUCUGGGGCCAAAAAGAACGAGUCUAAUCUCUUGACAAGAAGACCCUUCAAAGAGGUGAAGACAACAUCCAUAUUCUAAGUCUUUUCUUCAAACCAAACAUCGCCAGACUCUCAAGUUUCCUGACCAACAUGGCUGACCUCCUCUGGAUGUGCUUCAGCUCGUUCAUGUCCUUCCUCAAAUGUGGCGCCCUAGACUGAACAUAUUUUAGAUUCUUUUUUCUCACCAGGGCAGAUUAUAGCAAAAUUAUCAUCUCUCGUAUUCUAGAUGUUAUGUUAAUGUAGUCUAAAAUCAUUUUUUUGAUUGCCACAUCCCACAUUGACUCAUAUUGCAGCCCACUAAAAACUACAUAAUUUUCAUAUGAACUACUUUCUAGUAAUGUCUCUCCCUCCCUCCUCCCCACCCU